AUGACAUUCCCAUCCAUCACCAGCCGUAUUCGUAUCACCCUUCCGAUCCCGGCUCUGCCUGCGUCCGCCUUGGCACCCCAGCCCCCCGUUUUCCACGCUUUUCCUGCCACCACAUUUCACCCACCCUCCCCACCUUGGCUGCCACCACCAAGCCCGGUAUGGCUACUAGGUACCUCACUUGCUCGCACACUCUUUUCUCGACCGAGCACCGACCACCAGCCUCCCCUCAGCUCCCGCUCUCACCUCGCCUCUUCUCCUGGUCCCGCCGAUGCUCCCUCUCUACACCUGCCUCCAAUUCGACGCCUGCUCCCUCCCCUCUCCCACGCCUCUGACGUACGCUCCAACCUCGAUCGACGUCCACCACGGCGCCUGGUGCCUCCGUCCAUUGCCGGUUCCCACGACGGCCACGACAAGCCAUCCUCCCCCAAACAACGCCAGCAAUCGUCGGUUCUCAUUAGGAGGCCGCCGAGGACGCCGAGUCCUUCCUCCUGCUCCGAAUCCGAAUCCCCUUCGUCAUCCUCCUCCGAGGCCACUCUGACCCGUCGCUCGUCUCGAUUCGAAGCCACCACUGCAAGCUCAGACCUUCCGCGAGCUCUCCCCAUCACCGCUACUUCCCGCCCCCGUACGCGGACUGCUGCUUCCGUCGUGGGACUCGAGGCAUCGCUCUUCGAGCUGCAGCCGCCUCACGAGCUGUAUCGGACCGACGAUCCCGACCUAGUGUCCGCCGAUCGGACCCGCCCCCGUCUCGACGAUACCUGCGACCGCCGAGAUCGUCACGGGCCCUAUCCAGCCGUGCGCAUCACCAGAAACACCCACAGUGCCAUCCUCUACGCCCUCGAGGAGGCUCUCCGCCACCCGCUGCCCUUCACCCCCGACGUCGUCGAGGAGUCCGCCGACAUGGCCGACCUCGUCACCAGUGCGCCCCCCCUCGCGCCCGGUAGCCCAGGCAUGCCCUCGCCACGCCGCCCCACAGCCGGGCCGGCGCCCACCGGCUCUCCCUCCGGCAUCAGGAGUCCUAGAAUGAUCAUGCAGGAACGGGCGGCGAGGGAAGCCCGUCAGCGAGCCGAGGCCGAGAAGCUGGCAGCUGAGCGAAGCAGAGCGGAGCAGGAAGCCCGUCUGCUGGAGGAGGCGCGGCAGAAGAGUGCCAAGCGCCGAUCUUCUGGCCCCGCUGCCCAAGCCGCUGCCCAAGCCAGCACGAGACCGCAAGACCCGCAGCCUCCGAGUCGGCCGCCUGCAGAACCCCAAGCGCAGAGGACGAAGGGGCCCUCCCAACGGCCCGCCCAGGUCGCCGUUCCGCUGCCCCAACCGCCGCUGCCGCAACAAACCCAUCAGCCUGGCUCGGCCGCCCAGGGAGGCGGCACCGCGCCCCAGCCCGACGUGACCAAGACUCGAAACUCGUUUCCGCACGCCUUCGAGCGGUGGGAAACCUUGUCUGCCCAUUGGGAGGGCUUGACGAGCUACUGGAUCCGCAAGCUCGAGCAGAACAAGGACGACGUGAACCGCGACCCCGUCAGCCAGCAGCUCGCUCGCCAGGUGACCGACCUCUCGGCCGCUGGCGCCAACCUCUUCCACGCCGUCGUCGAGCUGCAGCGACUGCGCGCCAGCUCCGAGCGCAAGUUCCAGCGCUGGUUCUUUGAGACCAGGGCCGAGCUGGAGCGUGCCCGCGAGAUGAACGCCAUGUUGGAGUCGGCCAUUCAAAAGGAACGUAGGGACCGGGCCGACGCCAUCCGUGACGCCCUCGACCAGGAGCAGGGCGCGUCCAAGGUUCAGAAGCAGAUUGCCGAGAUGCGCAAGGAGCUCUCCAUCUCCAAGGAGGAGGCUCGCCGGGCCUGGGAAGAGCUCGGCCGACGCGAGCAGGAGGAGCGCGACCGGACCUACUCCCUACAGACGGGACAGCCGACCAUUGUUGGUGGUGUCCAGGUCGUCCCCAUGACCCAGGGUGUUCCCGGUCGUCAAGGCACGACAGCCACAACCACCUCUCGGGACGGCCACCGGCAGGAGUACGGGCAGGAUCGGCCGGAACACAGGCAGCCGCAGUCGGCCCCCCGGAUAGCCGCCGGCUACGUCCCGUCCCCGUCAGCUGCCCACGCGGGCUCCCGGGCGCGCUCCGAGGGCGGCUACAGCGAAGGUGAGUACGUAAUCGACGCCCAAGGGAGCUUCAUCCGUGACGUGCACGGCAACAAGAUUCCCUUCGCUGCCCCGCCCUCCACCUGCUCGGGCUCUGACACGGAAGCAGACGAGUACGGGACUCCGGCGACGACGAAUCCUAGCGGUGGCCACGAGCCGCCAUCAACGUCGGCCGUCGAGGGCCAGUGGGCCGGCGCUUACGAGCAUCCGCAAGACUACACGGGACAAGGCUAUGCUGCCCCGGGCUGGGAGACGGUACCCAGGCACCACCAUCCAACGAGGCUAAGCGACGUCAUCGAGGAGGACGACGAGCGAAGCCGGACGAGUGCCAGCCAAAUCAGCCGCGCCUAG